CGCUUCUGUCACGGUCAGUCAAAUGCCGAGAUAAGCGAACUUCUCGAAGGCCUCAAGACGCGAUGCGAGGCUCUGGAUGUACCUCCACCUGAAGUAUUUGUUGCCGACAACUGCUGCCAUGUUCGCAAUGCUGUGUCUGUUGUUUUCCCUGAUGCCACAAUGAAACUGGAUGUCUGGCAUUUCAUUAUGAGGCGAGUACAUCUUUAUUUGCAUCUAAUAGUCUACAAACUAAUCCUAAGAGCAAGAUAUGCGACUGUUAUCCUUAAUCCCUCCAAGAAUCCCCACCGGAAAGAGGUAGUCGUGGAGAUCUCUGCCUGUAUCUUGAAGAAACAUGCUGAAGGCGGGAAUCCCGCAAAGUACUGGGACCGAAAUGAGCAGGAGACGAGACUUACCUCGACGUUCGACAAAUGGGCAUGUGAAGGCACAGUUUGGUCAGUGGGGGCACGCAAAGUUCACGAGGAACAGCUCAAACAUGUACAGAAAGGCUGCCUCGAACGCCAGCGGCAGGACAUACGAACAGAUGGAAGCCGUGUGGAGGGGUCGCACAAAGGGUGGAACUCACUCCAGCGUGUGCACACCAGCGGGAUUGUGACAUUCACGGGCCUUUGCCACGACUUCGUUCUUCGACGAAACAUCCGCGUCUCCUUUUUGAGGGCGAGAAAAUCAGACUUUGUCGCAUCAACUCAUGGUUCUCAUCACAUUCACCUCAUCGACAGGAUCGCAAAGCAAUUCAACAACCUCCGACUCGAAGAGAAGACCACCAGCACAUGUUGCCUGCCAGAGCUCAUUCAGACCACGUCCGAGGAGCACUUCGGGCUCGUCAAAUCGAGUUUUGCAUCCACAUUUGGUGGGCUACUGGAUGCACUUAGUGGCGAAGGCAAUGAUGCAGUUGACCUUGCCCUGCAGUCUGCGAGGUCUGAAAUACUUGAAGAGCUCAACAUUGACCCGCAGCUUCUUUCCCAGCCUCAGGCCCCCUUCGAUGCGCAGCUUUCACUAACCACCACAAUUCCCACAGUCGCAGAAGUCACUGACACUAGCGAGGCCAACUCUCAUUUGGCCGUCAUGACAGCAAACACUCAACCGCAACCAACAACAAAGCGCAAGGCGGAUGACAAUGAACCUGAAGAUUCUGGCCAGGCCAGGCCAGCAGCGUGCAGGCCACCCCGCAAGAUCAUGCGGCAUAUGACGGCCGCCGCUAGUGUUAAUGUCCCAGAAGUUGCCGCAUCACAGGUAAGCACACUCUUUCUCUCCCAUUUCCCCCCCUCCACUCCCAUUAUACCCUCCUCUGAUCCGCAUUUACAGGGGAUUUCUCCAUCAAUCACACUGGACCACUUCCUGAAACCAAGAAGCCGGCUGCCCUACUGCAAAGCUCCCUCACAAUGGCCGACAGAUGCUGGCGCCAGCACUCAGCCCCCAGGAAUGACCCGUUCUCAACACUUCUUCACCAUUGCGACGAGAAUCGAUGCCUGUGCCAUGCACAUCUCCGGCGAUGUCGAAUUCCACCUGUUCAUGGACAUGAGAGCCGAGUUUGCGUGGAUCUCCUUCAAGAUGACACCCAAACAGUGGGCUGCAGCUACCGAGACCUACAACAACCAUCUCGAGGAGAAGAACCACGCCAAUGGUUCCGAAACGGUGAAGAAGAACCCCCAGGCCCUUCUGCGAAAGCUCGGCGAGAUCGAGGUCGCCGUGAUGAACCGUGUCGCAAAAAAUGACUUCAAAUCUCAUUCUGGCUCAGAGUCCUUCUGGAGAAGGCACUGUCACGCUAUUGAGCUCAUCAAGGCCGAGCCUGGGCUUGGGAAGAAGAUUCGCAAGGCACACACAUGCUCCCGCUGCAAGACCAUCAUGUACCCCGGUCCCGAGAACUCGGGGUACAACCACAGACAGGGCUUUUGUGCCGACGGCGCCAAGCAGGUGUCCAAAACCGAGGCGCCUCCACCCUGGCCACAGCCACCAGGCAUAUUCUCUGAAGGCAAGCGCUUCCAUCCGCGUGCCUUCCUCGAAACCGUCAAGUCAAUAUACGAGCAAGUGUUCCUCUGGCCUUCUGGUGAAAGUCCUGCCCUCGAGCAGGAGGCCUUUGCGAUGAUGCUGCUCGACUGGUCAACGACACUCGAAGAAUCAGGCACGGUGCUAUUCAAGCUGUACGAGGAGCUUGAGAUUGAUGAAUCAACGCCGGAUGCGCUGCUGACUGUGCACAACGGCAUCAAGCACCUUCGUGUUGAGUACCUCCAGGAGCACUGGGACUCAGUAGUAAUUUUUUUAAAUCUUUCAAUUCAAAUGCUCUCGCUUUGGUUCCUUUAUCACUACUAA